AACAGCGUAUUGUUGUCGAAUGAGUUCAUAAAACUCGUAGAACGCAGCGGGACGUCAUCGCACCCCCACCCUUUUUUUGUGUGGACCUCUUGCAUUGUUUGCCAUAAGAUACUUUUAUUUAUGGAGUUCAAUGUAAAUACUUGGGCGUGAGCGGGGCGGACCAACGGAGGGUUUCUUUGAAACAAGGUGGCAGGUGGGAAAAGGCGACCUACGGAGUAACGACAGCGUUAAUGAAACUUUGUUACCGAUUUCGUUAUGGGGAUGCCAUAUGCCACGUUAAGAUAAAGACCAAGACGACUGUGUUGAACAUGUUAAAGCGAUUGGACAAAAUCCGGUUUCGGGGCCAACGGCCAGAUGUGUUCCUGGAUCUAGGUGAAUCGCCCAACACAUCUGACACUGAAUGUAGCGAAGAGAUCCUGAUGAAGCCUAAGCCCUUGCUUAAAAUUAAAGACACUGAAGAACUGCAAGACCCUGCUGGUCCGGGGACACUUGCUAUGGCCGCAGCCAUCCAGGACUAUCAGAGGACUGAGACAGAUGGACUCAAUGAGGUGAAAGGCCACCUGGAAAUUGCCUUACUGGAAAAGCACUUCCUACAGGAGGAGUUGAGGAAACUUAGAGAAGAAACCAAUGUAGAGACACUGAAACAGGAGCUGGAGAAAGAGAGAUCGAAAAGGCUGGACUUGGAACAGAAACUGAACUUAGAAGUUCUCAAAACGAGACCAGAAGAUUCCGCACCACAGCCACCCAGAGCAACAACUGCAGCUCCCACCGCCAACAGUACAGACAAGCAGAAGGAGACCAUGUACUCGCGGCUGCAGACGUGGCUUUACGACCGGUUUGGAGCGUACAUCGAGGACUUCCGCUUCCAGCCGGAGGUGAACACGGUGGAGCCAGAUGAGCCGCUAAGCGCUAAGAGAUUGACUGAAAACAUGAGACGACUCAAGCGAGGUGCCAAACCUGUCACUAACUUCAAGAGGAACCUUUUUGCCUUAUCCAGCUGGCACUCCGUGUAUACGUCAACCUUUGCCUUCAUUAUCUAUAUGAAUGCAGCGUGGCACGGUUGGGCCAUCCCCUUGUUUCUCUUCCUAGCCAUUCUCAGGCUGUCCUUGAAUUACCUCAUUUCCAGAGGUUGGAGGAUCCAGUGGAGUAUUGUGCCGGAGAUCUCUGAACCUGCGGAUCCACCAAAGGAGGAUCUGACUGUUUCAGAGAAGUUCCAGUUAGUUCUUGAUGUCGCUCAAAAAGCACAGAAUCUAUUUGGAAAGAUGGCAGAUGUCCUGGAGAAAAUAAAGAACCUGUUCAUGUGGGUGCAUCCUGAGAUCACUCAAAAGCUCUACAUCGGUCUGUGGGUGGUCUUCAUCUGCUCCUGUCUCCUACCCUACAAACUCAUGGGCUUCAUGAUGGGGCUGUAUGCAGGGAUCAAGUUCUUCAUCAUCGACUUCCUGUUUAGGAGCUGUCCCAAGCUAAGGGACAAGUAUGACACGCCCCACAUCAUCUGGACCAGCCUGCCCACAGACCCCCAGCUGAAGGAGCGUGGGGGCGCCAUACUGUCCAGACGGAUUCAGCCGGCGGUAGCUCGUGGGAGUCUAGGGACAGGCCUAGCAUGCGGUAUCAGUCUAGAGGAACAGACUGGCAGGGUCUACAAUACUAAGAAGGGUUCUUUCCACGAGGUCUUCAAUCUAUCCGAGGAUGAGCGCCCUCUAGCAGUGUGUGAGAAUGGCUGGCGAUGCUGCUUGAUCAACAGGGACAGGAAGAGUCCCACUGACUACAUCCGUAAUGGGGUGCUCUUUGUCACUGAAAAUUACCUUUGCUUUGAAAGCUCAAGCUCCAGGUCAAACUCCUCUAAAAAGAAUAAAGUCAUCAAACUGAUUGACAUCACUGAUAUUCAGAAGUACAAAGUCUUGUCUGUACUGCCUGGGUCUGGAAUGGGAAUCUCCAUAGCAACACCGUCCACCCAGAAGCCGUUGGUGUUUGGUGCCAUGAUCCACAGGGAUGAGGCCUUUGAUGCCAUCUUCACACAGUACAUGAAGACGGCGACCAUGACUACAGCCAUCAACCCUGAGACCUAACAAACCAAGAUGGCUGCCUUCACCAGGGACUUCCUUACUGACACAGAGACAUAGCUAUGUAAUAUACAGAGAGCCACCACUGCUACUGGCCAUUUAGUACAUAUGAAAUUAUGUUAAGCUAGUAUCCAUGCCAAGGUGGUGGAUUCCUCCACCAAGCCAGGGAGCCUUGGCACAUAGAUUAGCAUGUGAAUAUGGUAUCCACUUGAUCUGAGGCCUGGUCCAUCACUCUAGAGCCCAAGGUCUUUCUAUCCUCUCGCUGAUGACUCCAGCUCCUCAUUGGGUCUAACUAAGGAACUACGACUCCUGGACACGCCCACCAUUGCUGCCUCCUGCCUCCUAUUGGUUAGGUCGAGGUUGUUGUGUCAAGGGAUAGAGCCACACUUGGUUCUUGUUUAGCUGUACUGAGGUUUUCAGUGUGUCACAGGAGGUUGGUGGCAUCUUAAUUGGGGAGGAGGGCUUGUGGUAAUGACUGGAGCAGAA